AGUCGGGGUCAUGACGAUCAGAGGAAGACGAGGAACGAGGUGUUUUUAAAGGUCGCAACCGAGAUGCCCUUUCUAGAGGACGCCAUGAAGGAGAGGACCGUCCCUAUAGAGAAGGUCCUUCUUGAAGAUGCCCCGAGAACUCGGGGCGGUGGGCCCCCAAGAGGAGCACCCACCACACGCUGCUCUCUCAGUAUAGGAUGCCCGAAGGAGCCGGCCCCCUAGAGCCGGUUGCUCCCGGCUGGGCGGGCCGGCCGGGGGACCCGUCGCUGAUUGGCUGCGCCGCCGGGCGGAAGUGAUGCUACUGUCACUGGCUUCUCGGGCUCCCGGGAAGCCGCGAGUUUCCGCAAGGAGGCGGCGGCAGCAGCUGCGGCCAGGCGGGUCUGCAGUCUGUGCUUGGAGUCACCACUGCUCACAGCGAAAGGGAUGCCUUUUCUCCGUGUGCACAAAAUGAGCGAGAGGUGGUUAGCCAGACCAGGAGCUCAGCCUCACUCAGGGUCCAGUUUACUGCUCUGAUGCCCAAGGGGAGGCAGAAAGUGCCACACUCAGAUGCCCCCGUGGGCCCCAGGCCCACUUGCCUCUGCCUGGAGCUAGCCGGGCUCUUCCUACUGCUUCCCUGGGUGAUGGGCCUGGUGGGGGCAGGUGGGCCUGGGGCCCAGGGUCCGGGGGGGCUGAGCUGGGCGGUGCAUGUGGACAGCCCAGAAGGCGAGAGGGAAGAACAGUCGCUGGAGCAGCGGGCAGAUGCCCUGGCGCAGGCGGCAGGGCUGGUGAAUGCAGGACGCAUCGGGGAGCUCCAGGGGCACUACCUCUUGGUCCAGCCGGCAGGGCACCGGCAGGCCCCGCAGGUGGAGGCCAUCCGGCAGCAGGUGGAGGCCGUGUUGGCCAGGCACGAAGCUGUGCGCUGGCACUCAGAGCAGAGGCUGCUCAAGCGGACCAAGCGCAGCGUCCACUUCAAUGACCCCAAGUACCCGCAGCAGUGGCACCUGAAUAACCGGCGAAACCCCGGCAGGGACAUCAACGUGACGGGUGUAUGGGAGCGCAAUGUAACCGGGCGAGGGGUGACCGUGGUGGUCGUGGACGACGGUGUGGAGCACACCAUCCAGGACAUCGCACCCAACUAUAGCCCCGAGGGCAGCUAUGACCUCAACUCUAAUGACCCUGACCCCAUGCCCCACCCGGAUAUGGAGAAUGGCAACCACCACGGCACGAGGUGUGCCGGAGAGAUCGCUGCCGUGCCCAACAACAGCUUCUGUGCCGUGGGAGUGGCGUAUGGGAGCCGCAUAGCAGGUAUCCGGGUACUGGAUGGACCCCUGACAGACAGCAUGGAGGCUGUGGCGUUCAACAAGCACUAUCAGAUCAAUGACAUCUACAGUUGCAGCUGGGGACCAGAUGACGAUGGAAAGACGGUGGACGGUCCCCAUCAGCUUGGGAAGGCUGCCUUGCAACACGGGGUGAUCGCUGGCCGCCAGGGCUUUGGGAGCAUCUUCGUGGUAGCCAGUGGCAACGGGGGCCAGCACCACGACAACUGCAACUACGAUGGCUACGCCAACUCCAUCUAUACAGUCACCAUAGGUGCUGUGGACGAGGAGGGACGGAUGCCUUUCUACGCAGAGGAGUGUGCCUCCAUGCUGGCGGUCACCUUCAGCGGUGGGGACAAGAUGCUCCGAAGCAUCGUGACCACAGACUGGGACCUUCAGAAGGGCACAGGCUGCACCGAGGGCCACACGGGGACCUCAGCCGCGGCCCCUCUGGCAGCCGGCAUGAUAGCCCUGAUGCUGCAGGUGCGGCCCUGCCUCACGUGGCGUGACGUCCAGCACAUCAUCGUCUUCACAGCCACCCCGUAUGAGGAUCGCCGCGCGGAUUGGAUCACCAACGAGGCCGGCUUUAGCCACAGCCACCAGCACGGAUUCGGCCUGCUCAAUGCUUGGAGACUUGUGAACGCAGCCAAGAUCUGGACGUCUGUCCCUUACUUAGCUUCCUACGUCAGCCCCGUGUUGAAAGAGAACAAGGCUAUCCCGCUGUCCGCCCGCCCCCUGGAGGUCCUGUGGAAUGUCAGCAGGAUGGACCUGGAGAUGUCGGGGCUGAAGACCCUGGAGCACGUGGCCGUGACAGUCUCCAUCACUCAUCCACGACGUGGAAGCUUGGAACUGAAGCUGUUUUGCCCCAGUGGCAUGAUGUCCCUUAUUGGCACCCCCCGCAGCUUGGACUCGGACCCCAAUGGCUUCAAUGAUUGGACCUUCUCCACUGUGCGGUGCUGGGGGGAAAGAGCGAAAGGGACCUACAGACUCGUCAUCAGGGAUGUAGGAGAUGAGACGUCCCAGGCCGGCAUCCUCCGGCAAUGGCAGCUGACCCUAUAUGGCUCUGUGUGGAGUCCAGUAGACAUCAGGGACAGACAAAGGUUACUAGAAAGUGCCAUGAGUGGGAAAUACCUGCACGAUGGCUUCACGCUGCCCUGCCCUCCCGGGCUGAAAAUCCCAGAGGACGAUGGUUAUACCAUCACCCCUAACACCCUCAAGACCCUGGUGCUGAUAGGCUGUUUCGCCGUCUUCUGGACCAUUUACUACAUGCUGGAAGUCUACUUGAGCCAGAGGAAUGUGGCCUCUCACCCAGUUUGUAGGAGUGGACCCUGCCACCGGCCCCAGCGAAGCCAAACAGCCAAGGAGGAGGGGACAGAACUGGAAUCAGUGCCCCUUUGCAGCAGCCAGGAUCCAGGUGGAGUGGGGAUGGAGAGCGAGGGCCCUCCCGCCACCUCCGAGCUCCACGCCCCAGACCUGCUGGAUCAGGGGGACUGGAGCCUAUCCCAGAGCAGGAGUGCCCUGGGUUGCCCUCAGCACCUGCCCCCAGACCUGCUGCAGGGGAAGGAGGCGCAGAUUUGCUGAUCUCGGGCCUGACGGCCAACGUGGGAGAGGCUCUAACUUCCUAAGACUGGGGAAGCUUGGAAAGCUGCUCCGCAGUCCCAGAAGCUCUGGGGAAAAGGCAGCCCCGAUGCUUCCACCUGGGACCAGAGGCCUAAAGAGCACCCUCUGGCUAAAAACCACACUCAGGGAGGGCAAGGGCCUUCAGAAGGCACAAGCGGAGCCGGAUUACAGUCUCGCAACAGCCAUGGAACCUUCCUCCAACCCAACGGGAGUUUUUGGUGAGAAGGUCUCGGACAAGGGAUUGGGGCCCCUGCUGGGCAGGCCUCCAUCCUCGUUUCUCCAGGGCAGGCCAGUGGUGUUGGUCACAGGGACCCUCACCCACACAUGGCCAGAAGAGCAUCUCAGCAGAAACAUCACUGGGGUCACUUGAGAAGAGGGUUUAGGGGUGGAGGCUGGGAAGAGCCCCGGAUAUGCCUGUCCUUUUAAUGACCCAGGGCCCAGAAACAGCAGACUUUUCCUCUCUCCCCCUCACCUCCCAGCCUAAGCCUUGGACCUUGGCCAUAUGGGCAUGGCAGUCAACCCUCAGCUCAGCACACAUGCCCUGGAAGCAGCUGCCUCCAUUAGCCCUGAUCAGAAGCCAACCUUGAACACACCCCCUGACCCCUUCACCAUCACGCCCACCCUUCAUCCUGAAGGAUCGGUACGACGCGCCUGGCAGGGCUAGGGCACAUCCUAGGGGAGUCUGCAGCAGGACUGGGGCAGGUGUCGGAUCAGCCACUGCCCCUCUAGCCCUGCAACCACCCGUCUUCCUCUGCAAAGUGCUCAGGGAAAUGGCCUUGCCUGCCGGAGGCCAGUCAUCUGCCUGGUGGGCUGCGACUCUUCCUCCCAUUCUUGGCCUCCUCCCUUCUUCCGAGCUAGUUGGUGGAUUUGAAUUUUUUUUUUUUUAACGCUUAAGAUUUGGUUUUCUCUUUUCACAGCAACAUUUUGUUGAAUUUUUUCUGCACAGCUUUUCCAAAAUAAAAACCUUCCACACA